AUGGCUGUAGUCAAGCUGAAUCUACCCAGGCUGCACGUGGCUGUGGCAAAAAGGGUCAAUCCUGGGUUUGGAGACUGCUGUCCCCUUGCUUGCCCCGUCUGUGCCCCACCGCCGCAUCCCCCAGCACCUCGGACAGCGCCGGGCGAGCAGCCGCGGUCCCCGGCUGGGCUUGGGAGCCAGCCCUCGGGAGUGCCUGCGGCGUGGGGCGGGGCCUGCUGGCCGCGCUUCCGUCUCGGCGGUGCGCGUUCCGCGCGCUGGAACUUGGGCCUCCGGGGCCACGGAGCACCCCCCCUGCCCCCGAGCCGGCCGGCCGCGCUUCCUCCGGGGCCCCUCUGGUCCCGGUCCGCCCCKCGCGCGGCGGCCAGCUGGAGCUGUGAGCGUGGGGCGUGUCCCCCGCAUCAAGCCAGGGACCCGUUCCGCAGGCGCGCCUUGAACGAGGCCGGUACCGUUUGGCCAGCGACACUUGGUGGCCACCGUGAAAGGAGGGAGGCUGGAGGAGUGGUGGGGAAAGCUCCGCGAAGGCGCGUCCUGGAAUGUCGGGACAGCGCCUUCUCCGUGCAGCCCACCGGGAUCGCCGAGCGUCUGCCCCUGUCGCCUUCUCCUGCACACCAGUCGGGGCGAAAGGGAUGCUCCUGCUGUUGCCGCCGGAAGAGACCCACCCUCCUGGACCUUGCCUGGACACAGUCUGUCGGCCAGGCAGCUAGSCGCUGCCUGCCUCCUGCGCAGUCCUGUGUCCCUUCGGAGCGCACCUGGGCUCUAAGCACAGCCCGGGGGGUGCCUUCUGAGACCCGCAGGACCGGGAAGUGUACAUCCCAGCCAAUGGGCUCUGGCACCGGCUCUAACCUUGUCUCCCGCCUCACCUGCCCAGGGGGACCGGCCAGACUCCGUCAGGCAGCCAGCAUCCCAGAACACGGACCAAGGAGCGCAGAGCAGGGAGGCCUGGAGCGGGCAGCGCCCCGGGGCGCCCGCGGGGGAAAGCCCAGCCCAGCCCGCGCCCGGCCGAGGCCUCCCCGCCGCGCCUGGGGCCAGGGCGCACGCGUGCGGCGAGUGCGAGGGGCCUUCCGCCGCGGGAGGGCGGGCGCCGCCCAGCACCAGCGCGUCUCGUCUCUCGGGGAGAAGCCGAACGCGUCGGCCACUGCGGCCGCGCCUUCGCGCACAGCUCGCACUUCGCGGCACCUGCGCUUCCACGCCGGCGGGAAGCCCUUCGCGUGCCCGAGCGCGGCCAGGCCUUCAGCCAAGCUCCAGCACCGCAGGGUCCYACGGGCGAGCGGCCCUAGGCGUGCCCAGACCGCGGCCGCGCCCUCAGCCGCGCCUCCUUCCUCAGCGAGCACCGCCGCAUCCACACGGGCGAGAAGCCCCACGAGUGCGGCCAGUGCGGCCGCGCCUUCCGGGCGCCGUCGGCUUCUUCCGGCACCAGACCGUGCACGCGGGCGAGAGGCCGUUCCGCUGCUCCGAGUGGGCAGCGCCUUCCGCCUCAGCUUCCAUCUGAUCCAGCACCGGCGGGUGCACGGCGCGGAGUGCGCCCGGCCCGCCGCCCGCGGAGAGAACCCGAGGCUGGCCGGUGGCGCGGGGCAGCGGCGGUCGGACGCGGGGUGGCAGGGGACCCGCACAGCGCCUGACACCUGCGCAGGAAUUGCCCUCCUGAGAUGGCUUUUGACAAUGCCGGAGACCAGGUCAGGAGCUGGGCCAGAGGCGACGCGGCCUGACUUUGGACCGGCUUCAGAUUCCCCCCUCACCCUGCCCAGCGGUGCGCGUGCGGCCACCCCUGCCCCGUGGUGCUUCCGGAGGGCCUCUCGCAGACCACCGGGCAGUCGGCUGCCAAGUCCGGCUACGGAGCAGUGGCGGGCGCCUGGAGAAGCCCGGCUCCAGGUCAGCCUUUGUGCCACGCCCAGUGUGGCACUGUCCCCUCCCGCCGGGGUCCGACCUCGCCUUCGGUCGCUGGGUCAGCUCCCCCGCCUUCCUCUGCUCCCGGGGAUGGCAGGGCCGGACGCCCAGGACCGUGGCCAGAGCGCCCGCUGCCCGGUGGGGCGUGGGAGCCAGGAGCGACAGGGCGGGCGCCGGCCGGGCCGCUGCCCCCAGAGCUCCCUGCUGGACUCGGGCGACCCGAGAGCCCCAGCUCCGGCCGAGGGCCGGAGCCUGAGGCAAGAAUCGUUCCCUUUCCUGUUGUUCUGCAAGGUGCUGCCAAGCCUGAUCUCCAAAAGCCUGUCCAAGGAGAGGGAAACCCUGAUGGAGGCCCCCACAGCUGUGAAAACUACAUUUCCAGUGUGUGCUGGGCAGGCAGUGCAGACUGUGGGGCUGACUGCACAGCUGGAGGCUUCAGGGGCAAGAGGAUGCCUUGAAGAGGCUGUGCCUGUGUUCCUGCAGGGGCCACCCAGAGCACCCAGGUCUCAGGACCUUGGUGAACAUGUGGACGUGGCACAGAGGCCUGGAGAGGGCCCCAGGGGACUGGGGACUGGUGAGAGAACUGGAGGGCCCAGCCAUGGCCAGGGUGGUGUGUCCAGAUCAGACAGCACACUUAACUCAGGCCCGGGAACAGAUCAGCGAGGCCGCUGCAGAGGGCGGCCUUAUCAGUGUGACACCUGUGACCGGAGCUUCAAAUGCCACUCAGAUGUGGUGAAGCACCAAAGCAUCCAUUCUGGGGGCAAGCCCUAUGAGUGCAGCGACUGCGGGAAGGCCUUCAUCCACAGCUCGCACGUGGUGCGGCACCAGAGGACUCACCACGGGGACAAGCCCUACGUGUGCCAGGAGUGCGGGAAGGCCUUCAGCCAGAGCUUCAACCUCCUCAGACACCAGAGGGUGCACACGGGCGAGAAGCCCUACSAGUGUCCCGAGUGCGGCAAGUCCUUCGGCCAGAGGUCGGACGCCGCCAAGCACCGGCGGAUCCACACUGGAGAGAGGCUGUACCCGUGCAGCGACUGCGGCAGGACCUUCGCGCACAGCUCCAACGUGGUGCGCCACCAGCGGACUCACCGCGGGGCGAGCCCGUACGCGUGCCCGGACUGCGGCCAGGCCUUCAGCCAGAGCUCCAACCUCCUCCAGCACCAGCGGGUCCACACGGGCGAGCGGCCCUACGCGUGCCCGGACUGCGGCCGCGCCUUCAGCCGCGCCUCCUUCCUCAGCGAGCACCGCCGCAUCCACACGGGCGAGAAGCCCCACGAGUGCGGCCAGUGCGGCCGCGCCUUCCGGGCACUGUCCGGCUUCUUCCGGCACCAGAGGGUGCACACGGGCGAGAGGCCGUUCCGCUGCUCCGAGUGCGGCCGGGCCUUCAGCCUCAGCUUCCAUCUGAUCCAGCACCGGCGGGUGCACGAGGCCGAGUGAGCGCACGCGGGGUGCGCAGGGUAGGGGCAGCACCUCUGGGGCCUCCCACACCGCAGGCCUGUUCUCACUCUGUGCAGCCAGGGAGACAAUAAAGG